UAGGCCCCGCCCCGGCAGGGCUCGCCCGCCGCCGCCAUCUUGGACCUGGCGCGAGCGAGGGGCGGCGGAGUCGGGGCGGGGGGGGGCGCCCGCCUGUGUAGCCAUGGCAACCGCCGCCGCGGGGCAGGAAAUGGCAUCGGACGUCUCUCCCUUGGGGGCUGGUUCGGGCACGUCGGGACCAGCCGCAGGAAGCCUCAGCCAGAGGAGCAGCAAGCGGCGGACGGGGCUGGAGUUUGACGAAGAUGGCGAAGGGAACAGCAAAUUCCUCAGGUGCGAGGACGACCAGCUCUCCACGGACAAAGAGCGGUUCGCUAGGUCCGAUGACGAGCAGAGCUCGGCGGAUAAGGAAAGAUUGGCCAGGGAGAACCACAGCGAGAUUGAACGCCGACGCCGGAACAAGAUGACCGCUUACAUCACCGAGCUCUCUGACAUGGUGCCCACCUGUAGCGCCUUGGCCCGCAAGCCGGACAAGUUGACCAUCCUGCGCAUGGCCGUCUCUCACAUGAAGUCGCUGCGGGGCACUGGGAACACCUCCACGGAUGGCACCUACAAGCCAUCUUUCCUCACCGACCAGGAGCUGAAACACUUGAUCCUGGAGGCGGCCGACGGCUUCCUCUUCAUCGUCUCCUGUGAGACGGGCCGGGUGGUUUACGUCUCUGACUCCGUGACGCCCGUCCUGAACCAGCCGCAGUCGGAGUGGUUCGGCAGCACCCUCUACGACCAGGUGCACCCCGACGACGUGGAGAAGCUGCGGGAACAGCUCUCCACCUCGGAGAACGCGCUGAGCGGCCGCAUCCUGGACCUGAAGACGGGGACGGUCAAGAAGGAGGGUCAGCAGUCCAUGAGGAUGUGCAUGGGGUCGCGUAGGUCCUUCAUCUGUCGGAUGAGAUGUGGGAACGCAACCGUCGAUCCCGUCUCCAUGAACCGGCUCAGCUACAUGAGGAAUCGGUGCAGGAACGGGCUGGGUGCCAUCAAAGAGGGGGAACCCCAUUUUGUGGUUGUCCACUGCACGGGCUACAUCAAAGCUUGGCCACCGGCAGGAGUUUCCCUGCCCGACGAUGAUCCGGAUUCUGGACAGGGCAGCAAAUUCUGCCUGGUGGCCAUUGGCAGGUUGCAGGUCACCAGCUCCCCCAGCUGCGCAGACAUGAACACCGUAUGUCAGCCCACCGAGUUCAUCUCCCGCCACAACACGGACGGGCUGUUCACCUUCGUGGACCACCGCUGCAUGGCCACCGUGGGCUACAAGCCCCAGGAACUCCUGGGGAAGGACAUUGUCGAGUUCUGCCAUCCUGAAGACCAGCAUCUGUUGAGGAACAGCUUCCAGGAGGUGGUGAAGUUAAAGGGCCAGGUGAUGUCCGUCAUGUUCCAUUUCCGAUCCAAGAACCGCGAAUGGCUCUUGAUGCGGACUAGCUCCUUCACUUUCCAGAACCCCUACUCGGACGAGAUCGAGUACAUCAUCUGCACCAACACCAACGUAAAAAAUACCGGCCAGGACACCCGCCCUGCCAGCUCGAACCCGAUGCAGAGACCCCAGCUAGGCCCCAAUGUCAGCCUGCCUUUGGAGAUGGGCCCAGGGCACCUGGCCGCCAGGGCACAGCCAGCACAGCCAGCGGAGCUGGACGUGGUUCCCGGGAGAGAAAGCUUAGCCAGCUACGAGCACCCGCAGGCUGCCCUUCAGGCCGUGAGCACCCCUGGCCCCGAGCACAGCAAGCCUCUGGAGAAGGCCGAGGUCCUCUUCGGGCAGGAGCCGGACCCUCGCUUCAGCGAGAUGUAUAGUGGCAUCAGCCCAGACCGGACGAAGCCCAUUUCAGCCAACUCGGUGCCCACCAGCCAGCCCCUCUUCGGCCCAGGGAACAGUUUCGGGGCUUCCCGCCCGGCUGAGGGCUUCCGCAGCAGCAGCCUGGCGCCCCCAGUGAACGUCCUGCAGCCUGGCCGGACGCACUCGACCUCCGCCGGACCCAUCCUGGCCCACCUCUCUCGCCAUGCCAGCCCCAGUCAGGUCUCCGGAAGCGCCUGGGCUUCGGGAUCGCGCCCGCCUUUCGCGGCCCAACCAGCGGCUUCCCAGCCAGUGAAGACUCGCCCCCCGUCGUUUGCCAUGGGCAGCUUCCAGGCCACGCCGUCCUCCUUCGGCCCCAUGCCGAAUCCCGGUUCCGCGGCCUCGCCAGCCGGAGCUCCCUACCCAAACCUUGCCGGUCGGAACGCCCCUUUUGCUGCUGGAGAGAGCGGGCAGAAUCCGGCCCCGUUCCAGGCGCGGACGGCAGAAGGAGUCGGCGUUUGGCCACAGUGGCAGAGCUCAGGCGAGUCCCAUGUCCAGCAGCAGCAGCAGCCUGCCCAGCCAGAGGUCUUCCCGGAUAUGCUGUCAAUGCUGGGGGAACAAGGAACCAACUACAGCAAUGAAGAGUUUCCCGAACUGAAUAUGUUUCCGCCCUUUUCGGAGUAAGCGAGGGAGACGACCUGCCCCCCUGAUGGGACAUUAUUCUGUGUAGCAGCGAGGAGGAGGGGAGGGGGGUCUCUUCUUCGCUCCCCCUGACUUUUUGCAAAGAGCCCCCAAGUCUUCCUGUGUGUGUGGGGUGGGGGGGAGAAGCCUCACGGGGGAGUCGCGAACACAGGCAAACUGAGAGGCUGCAUCUCCCCACCAAAUCUCUGGGGCUGCCUCCCUGCCAGCCCGCAACGGACGUUACUUUUGGAGACGUAUUCAAGCAAUCUUAGAAGGAACCGAAGGGGUGUAUUUUUUUUCCCCCUUCCCCAUCCAACAUGGGAAAAGAUGCUUGGGAAGGGAAAUGGUCAGCAAGGGGUUCCUCCCGCCCCCCCCCCGGUCUUUAAUUUUUAAUUCUAUGACGUAAUCUUUUAUACCUACCUUGUAUUCUCGUUUAUACACGUGGCGGGAGCCGAAUUUUGUCAAGAGGGGCUCCUGCUUCGGAGGCGGUUUUUUGACAUGUGAACCAGGGAGAACUCUUCCCCCCCCCCUGUGUUUCUUCCCUUGAUACACGUGUCUCUCUUAUCUCUCUCACAAGCAGUAUUAAUGAAAUGUGGGGUGGGUGGGGGUGGCUGACAUCCCCCCCCCCCCCCAAUCUCCUCAUCCGGUCCCUUUGUUGGUUAACUUGUCUUUCCACACUUCUUUCGGGCCACGUUGUGCUCUGCGCUUGGAGACUGUGCUGGCACAAUCUUCUUCGUAAAAAUCCCCCUUUUUGUGGGGGGGGGGGGGUUGCGAUUGACAAUCAUGGUAGACUGCCAAGAGAAAAACGGUCCCUGUUUUAGGAAUAAUGUCUAGAGCCCUGAUUCAGGGAGGGGCUGUCCCGUUCUCGGAAAUUAGGGAAAGGAUGCUGGUUUAAUCCUGGAGGCGACCAAGGGAAGCUGGUUGGCAUCUUUUCAGCACUGAUUGGUUGCUCUCCAACCCGGGCGAUUAUCAUGGGUCGGGGUGCUUUCCGGCGCCCCCUUCCCUCCCUCCCCGAUCUGUGUGAAGCCCUUUUCCUCUUUCCUUGUACGCGCUUCCCCACGGGGACACCUAAAAGCCAUUAAAAAAAUUGCACAAAGA